AUGCGAUCUGCCGGUGUCAAAGCUUUGCGGAAUGCGAGGCUUGCGAAGCCUGCGAGGUCUUUGACAAGAAACUACGCCACCGUCAAAGAUCCUUCACAAAAAGACCCCGCGGAAUUAGAUCAAAUAACGCAACUCCCCAAUGGAGUUCGCAUCGCUUCCGAAUCACUCCCAGGCCCUUUCUCAGGCGUCGGAAUCUACAUUGAUGCAGGUUCUCGAUACGAAGAUGCCUCGCUUCGCGGAGUCAGCCAUAUCGUUGACCGGCUGGCAUUCAAAUCAACAAAACAAAGAUCGGCGGAUCAAAUGCUGGAGGCGUUGGAGGCAUUGGGUGGAAACAUCCAGUGCGCCUCGUCAAGAGAAGCCUUGAUGUACCAAUCGGCAACAUUCAAUUCCGCAGUGCCCGAUACAGUUGCCCUGCUGGCAGAAACAAUCCGUGACCCCCUCAUCACGGAUGAAGAGGUGAAGCAGCAGUUGGAAACGGCCGAGUACGAGAUACAAGAGAUUUGGUCCAAGCCCGAUUUGAUCAUUCCCGAGCUGCUCCAUAUGGCUGCCUACAAGGACAACACACUGGGUAACCCUCUGCUCUGCCCACGCGAAAGACUGCCUUACAUCACAAAAGGGCUAAUUGGGAAAUACCGCAACAUUUUCUACAAGCCGGAGCGGAUAGUGGUCGCUUUUGCGGGCGUUGAGCAUGAAGCCGCCGUCCGCUUGACAGAAAAGUACUUCGGAGAUAUGCAACCUGGCGACGAGCCCUCACUAUCUCAGGUCGGUUCGCAGCCGGAAGCGGACGAACCGCAAGGCUCCGCGGCUCAGCAAGAGGCACCGACUGCUUCGUCAGCUACGAGUAGAUUUCUAUCCAAGAUUCCCGGAUUCAACAAUUUUUCGACGUCAGCACCGCACCAAGCCACUGUUUCUCCUCUGGAUCCUUCGCUCCUUCAACCUGCUCCGAACUCUACUCUUACACAGCCGUCUCACUACACGGGCGGCUAUCUCGCACUUCCUCCACUUCCUGCUCCGCAAAACAACCUAUCGAUCCCACUAUCGCACGUCCACAUAGCCUUUGAAGCCCUACCCAUCUCUUCGGAGGACAUAUACGCGCAAGCAACGCUACAAACGCUACUCGGGGGAGGAGGCUCUUUCUCCGCCGGCGGUCCGGGCAAAGGCAUGUAUUCACGGCUCUACACGAAUGUCCUGAAUCAGCAUGGGUGGGUGGAGAGCUGCGUCGCGUUCAACCACAGCUACACAGACAGUGGUCUGUUCGGCAUUGCCGGUGCGUGUGAACCCGGCAGAGUUGGGCACAUGGUGGAUGUGAUGUGCCGAGAGCUGCAAGCAUUGACUCUGGAAUCUGGAUUCCCCAGUCUCCAACUGGCGGAGGUGAACCGAGCCAAGAAUCAGUUGCGAUUCAGCCUCUUGAUGAACCUCGAGUCACGCCUGGUGGAAUUGGAGGACCUUGGGAGACAAGUCCAGGUCCAUGGCCGCAAGGUGGGCGUGAAAGAAAUGUGCGCCAAGAUCGAUGCCCUGACCGUGGCGGAUCUGCGACGAGUGGCCAAAAGGAUAUUGACCGGCCAAGUGGACAAUAGAGGCCACGGAACGGGAGCACCAACGGUGGUCAUUCAAGAGAGCGAGGAUGCUUCCGGCAGGAAAAUGAAGCAAAUACCCUGGGAAGAUGUGCAGUCCAGGAUAGCGAGGUGGAAGCUAGGAAGGAUGUGA